AAAACCCUAGCUCCCAAAAACGAACUAUAAAAUAAUUCAGGCGUUCCGACUGAGUUUCUCUUCCUCUCAGUCUUCUUCUGACCCGUCGGAGAGGUGAAAUCGAGGGGAGAAAAAAAUGUCGGAUGAGGAGCAACACUUCGAGUCCAAGGCCGAUGCGGGUGCCUCGAAGACGUACCCACAGCAAGCCGGCACCAUUCGGAAGAAUGGGUACAUAGUCAUCAAGGCCAGACCAUGCAAGGUUGUUGAAGUCUCGACCUCUAAAACUGGUAAGCACGGCCAUGCAAAAUGCCAUUUUGUGGCCAUUGAUAUAUUCAACAACAAGAAGCUUGAGGAUAUUGUACCAUCAUCUCACAACUGUGACGUCCCUCAUGUCAAUCGUACUGACUAUCAACUAAUUGAUAUUUCCAAUGAUGGUUUUGUGAGUCUGUUGACAGAAAGUGGUGAAACAAAGGAUGAUUUGAGGCUUCCCACUGAUGAAAAUCUUCUGAAGCAGAUCACAAGUAGCUUUGCGGAGGGGAAGGACCUGGUGGUCUCUGUUAUGUCUGCCAUGGGAGAAGAACAGAUCUGCGCACUGAAGGACAUUGGGCCUAAAUAAUUCAAAGCAGAUUUAAGUGCAGUUUGCAAGGGCUUUGCUUUCUGUGGCAGCCAUCUAUCCGAGCAUUUGCUUUCCCAUUGUAUCUUGCAGGUAAUGAGGCUCUCAUGCUGCUAUGUGGAUUCUGGAUGAGGUUCAGAGAAUUGCUUUAUUCUCUUUUGUGCUGAUAUCUUAGGACCAACCAAACUUUUCUUUGUGAUUUUAUCUAUCAAAAAAA